AUGUACGGCGCAUCCACCGUUCAAAAGUCUAAACGGCGCACACAUUCUCGCCCGGAACUCACCGACGAGCAAAAACAAGAAAUUAAGGAAGCUUUUGAGCUUUUCGACACGGACAAGGAUAGGCGAAUUGACUACCAUGAGCUCAAAGUCGCUAUGCGAGCUUUGGGCUUCGAUAUGAAGAAGGCAGAGGUGCUGAAAAUCUUGAGGGAUAACGAUAAGACUGGGCAUGGCUUCAUGGAUUUUGAGGAUUUUGCGAAAAUCAUGAGCGACCGUAUAUUGGCGCGAGAUCCCAUGGAAGAAAUCAGGAGGGCUUUCCAACUUUUCGACGGCGAUAACAAGGGCAGAAUUGAGCUAAAAGACCUUCGAAGGGUGGCGAAGGAAAUUGGGGACCGGUUGGAGGAUGAUGAACUGCAUGUACCCUCUUCCCGGCAAGCCAUGAUAGACGAAUUCGAUCUCGACCAGGACAACGCGAUAAACGAACAGGAGUUUUUUGCCAUUAUGACGGAUGAUGCUUAG